CAAAAGUUCCAAUUUCCAAAAGUGAAAAAGUAGAUAAAUUUGGGGUGCCAAAAAUAAAUUUACAUCGGCUUCCCGUAUUCACCACACUCCCUAUAAAUAGCAUGCCUCACCAUAAGCUACUCAAGGCACAAACAUUAAACACACCAAAAGUGAAGCCAAAGCCAAGAUCAAUUUGCUAUUCCAUAUCACCAAAAAAAUAAAAAAUAAAAAAUAAAAUGUCACCAACAUCACUUUUGGCCAUAACUCUUGCCUUAGCCAUCUCCAUCCAAGGCACUCUUGGCGACAUCCACUGCGAAGACCUGAACGAGAACUCGUGCGCGUUUGCAGUCUCGUCCACGGGCAACCGUUGCGUGCUCGAGAGCCGCAGCUUCUUGCGCAAGCUCGGGUCUUCGGACGAGUACACGUGCCGCACAUCCGAGAUCACGGCAUCCAACCAGCUCACCAACUACAUCGAGACAGAGGAGUGCGUCACCGCAUGUGGGGUCGACAUGCGUGCCCUAGGCAUCUCCUCUGACUCCCUCCUCGACCGCAACUUUGUCGACAAGUUCUGCUCCGAGCCGUGCUACAAAAAUUGCCCCAACAUCGUCGACCUCUACUUCAACCUAGCUGCAGGAGAAGGAGGAAAAGAUAUAAAAAUUGGAGUGUACAUUCCAAAAUUCUGCGAGAUGCAACGCUCGGGCGCACGGCGUGGGAUGAUUGAGCUUAACAGCUAUCAGGCCAGCGAUAGUUUCUCGACCGAUAGCCUGGGCCCGAGCCCGGCCCCAGCCCCAGGCCCGGCCCUUUAUUGAAGCUUCUUACGAAGAAUUUUUAAGUCUUCGAAGUCGAAAACUACCCCAAAAGUCAAUUUGGUCCGAUGCAAGGCAUGGUGAAAGAAAGAAAGAAAGAAAGAAAGAUACAAUAAUUAAUGAUAAUGGAAUAAGGAUAUGUUGAUAUCCAGCUUACCUAUUUAGUAAUUAGUANUUUCACCUUAUCUUUUAUAGUU